GGCCUAGGGGUGUUGUUUGGUUACUUCGGCGUUAGCUUUUCUUGUGUAUGCACCCCACAGGACGGUGGGCAAUGCAGUCCAUGAGUCCUGUUCCCUUCUCCUCCCUCUAUGCGGCGGUCGUGGAUGUCAGAUAAGUCGCGACUGUGCGAGGGAGCCCUGUAGUCUAUAAUGUAGCAAUGCUGCUGCCCACAUAGUCUUGAAUAGACGCAUUGUCUCAUUAGGACGACGAUACCCUGCGUUGAAUUCGGAUCCGAGAGGAUGCCGUCUUUUGGUAUAUUGUGAAACGGGAUAGGUGUAAAGUUGGCGACGUCAUGACGCAUUUCAUCCCGACGUCAACGACGGGCAGAGAGCACAGAUGCCGGACCUGUCAUACGCAGGCCACAAAUUCCUCGGGCGUCUGCGCGCGCAGCGACCGAUCCGCAAGCUGCAGGCAUAUCGGGCUGUUUCCCGGCUGUUGCAUGUCGUCUUGUCCUGUGGCGGCAGUCGUUUCAGCAGACGCGACCAUGGAGGACCAUUGGUCAUGACGGGUCGAGGGGGUUUUGGGAACAAGUGCCAAGUCUCUUCUAUUCUGGCCGACUUUUCUCCGCGCAUUUCUCUGGGCGCGCGUCCACCGGCCGGCGCUGUCGUUGUUUCUUUCUUUUUGGUUGAAGUUCUCCGCAACAUGUCAUCCUCUACCCCAAGCCCGACAACUCCACCUAACGCCUCUCUGCCAAUCAAAGCGCUGAAAGGGCCCACGGCCGAUCCCUCACUCUCAACCAGCAAUCAACCUCACACCAUAGGACACCCUCCCUAUCUCAUCCACUCACUCCGACACUCGUUCAUCUAGAGGGCCGGGUUCAAACCCAACGCACCACACCACUCUCCCAUCUCGAGGCGCCAAAACCUUGUCGGCCAAGUUAAUUAGCCCUCCAAAUAGUCUCA